ACAUUGUUUUGCACAAAUAGAGAAGAAGAAGAAGAACUGAAUUUGUUUUUUUUCUACUUCAUUUGAACUAUAUCAAAUGCAGAGUGUGUAUGUGUAGUUAAAUAGAGAGAGAGAGAGGAGAAAGAGAGCGCGAGAAAAUUUAUCGAAGAAUAGAAAAAGACGGGGGCAUACGAAGCGCGCUUUCGACAACGACAGAAAGAGCAUUACACAAAAAUCCAACAGUGGAAAACCAUUUGAUUUGGUGAUUGUGAGUGCGUGAAGUGGUGACAGAAUCGGUUGCAAUCCAAACAAUAAACAAUAAAACCAGCAACAACAUUGAAAUCAAUCGCAACUUCAGACGCAACAUACGGGGCAUAUAAACAAUCACACAAGUGAAGAAUUGUAUCAAAGUAUAAUAAAGGUUUUAACGUUUUUAAAAUUAUCUUAACUGGCGUAGAAGUCAAGACAAGUAAAUAAAUAAUAAAUAUACAACAGCGCCAACCGAGAAAUUUACUGAAGCCAGAUAUUACAAACAAAAAGAAAACGACUAUUGCACGCGACCCAAAAAACAAACACAACACAGUUGGGCAUUGUGCAUCGAAAAUAACAAAAAAAAAAAAAAACAACAACAACCAUCAUCGUCGUCGUCAUCGUUAUCAUAGGAAAUAUAGAGAAAUAAAAAUGAAUACGACAUGUAGAGCAUGUUUAAACUACACGGACAAUGGUGUCCGACUAUUAACACUAUACAAACAUUAUCAUUACUUGCCGAUAAUGAUAUGGAAUUGCACAGGCGUUAAGGUUGAUGACUCGGAGACCGAUCAUAAAUUGCCGUUGUGCCCACCGUGUGCCGAUAAAUUGAUUGAUAUCAAUGAAUUUCGUACGAUGUACUUGGAAUCUCAUGAAAAAUUGAAGAAAAACCUAAAAGAGUGCCUAAAAUACUCCCCAAAUGAUCAAAAACAACCGCUCAACAACAAUAAUUCAACGCAUGACGGUGAUUUGGAUGGAAAAAAUAGUGGUGCCACAACAGCGACCAAUGUCAAAGGCGCCAAAAUUAAAAUCAGCGCUGAGGAUGCCUACAGCAAUAUUAUAAUUGAUGAAUCACAAUUGUUGCAUCGAGAUCAAUCGAACAAUAAGGAGAAUAAUAUUGUUGACAUUGCGAUGAGUAUGGCAGGUGGGAGUACAGUGGUUGGUUCAACGGUGUCAACUGCAAAUUCGGUCAUGCAUACGGUGUCAAAUGGGCCGGCGAAAAAGAUGAAAACAAGUCGACCGAGUAAAUCGCGCAAGAAACCAAAUCAAACGACAAUGGUUCAAAUGAACGCAAAUCAUCAUCAAGACAACAAACAACUGAUAUACGACGAUUCAAAUAUAUUGGACAUGAACAAUGGCAACGGUACCGAUGCAAGCGAAUUGCAAUACAUUAUUUUACAAAGUGACACCAAAAUAUUUAGCUGCAGCAAUUGUGAGCAACAAUUUAUCAGCGAAGAUUUUCUAAAACAACACAUUCAAAAAGCACAUCCAAUCGUCACUGAAUUGGUACAAACACCAGCCUUAUCACCGAUGUCCCUGAAUCAGCAGGUUCCAACAAUCUACUUGUGUCAUUUCUGCGAAUCGAAACAAUUUACGUCCGAGAUUCAAUUGAGUCAUCAUAUGUACAUUCAUAGCGAAAUAUCGGCAGGCACAUUAUCCGAUAAUCCGUUCCCAUUCUGUUCAUGUGAACAUUGUUUGCCAUUGCAAACAGAAAAGAUGAUCGUUGGCGAUGUUGAAGCAACGGAAGCCGAUUUAGUUGCAAUGCAACAAACAAUUCAAACGAUUGAAGAACAAUCGCAGGCGGCACAUCAUCAUCAUCAGCAACAGCAACAGCAUCAUCAUCAGCAACAGCAACAGCAUCAUCAUCAUCAGCAUCAACAGCAACAGCAACAGGCGCCGAUACGCCAAAUCGUACAAACGGCAUCAGGUAAACAACAAACCCUGUAUUCGUGCAGUGUUUGCAAUAAGUCAACAUUCAAGACAGAGCAUCGCCUAAAGAAGCACAUGCGAAUCCAUCGAAAUGAACAACCAUUCUCCUGCGACAUAUGUCAUAAAGUGUAUAACGCUAGUAGUUCAUUGAAAACGCAUCAGCGUAUGGUACACGGUGGUGUGAGUAAUAGUUCGUCCAUUGCCAAUAAUACGACGACAAACACAAAUAAUCAAUCAGCAACAACAGCAACAACUGUAACAGUAGGAAACGAUAAUAUUGAUAAAACGACCGGCAUUGUGGUCGAUGAAAUUACAGGUGCUGUAGCUGCCGAGGCCGCUGUAACAGCCGAUGGACGUAUUCAGUGUUCAAUAUGCCUGAAACUAUUUGCAAACGCUCAAAAAUUGAAUGUGCACAUGAGCACGGCACACGGAGCAAUCAAUGCGACAGCAAAUGAAAACGAUGAAGAAGACCCAUCGAGCACAGACAAAAUCAAUGAUAUAGCUAUGGAAUAAUAAUUAAUUUUUUUUGAUGAUGAUUCUCGUCUCUAAUUAAUUUUAUUUGAGCGUUUUUUUUUCUCUAAUUUUAUUUUAGUUUUUCUAUGCCUGUUUUGUUGUUUUCGGCAAAUCACAAAUGGCAAGAAUUUAAACAAACACACACACACACACACACAAUUUCAUUUAGGCUUAGAUCUACUUAAAAACAACAACAGAAGGAAUAAAUCAUACUGUAACACAAAACAACAAUUUUAAGAGGAAAAAAAAACACAUUUUUUACACACAUGUGGGUAAAAUUAGUAGGCAAUCUGAGCAUAGCAAAAAAAAAAAUUAACAAAAAAUAUUAAGAAUAAAACGAAUGAUAAUGAUAUUUAAAUGAAUUAUACAAAGAACAAAACACGUAUGAGGAAGUUAAAUAAAAAUAAACGAAAUAAAUUAACUGAAAAGAAGAAAAUAAUCAAAAAUCAACCGAAAUCGACUAGAAUUGUCGACAAUAUACAUAAAAACACAUUUGCUUGCCCGAUGAUUUCGGCACACAUUUUACUUUGACAAUUCUUAAUUCGAGAAUUUAAUUAAUCUUUUUUUUUAUUUUCUCUUUUCAUAUUUAGUACAUAAAA